UGCUUGGUAUGGGUAUGUUACUUGGAUCCCUGACAGACAGCUUGAUUUAUUUUGCAGAUGUGGGAAGAAUAUCCCGAUGUUUAUGGGGUGAGACGAUCCAACCGUAGCAGACAGGAGCCUUCGCGUUUUACUAUAAAUGACGAGGGGCAUAGCGAGUCUGAAAGUGAGAGUCCCAAACGAAGAAGUUCAAGGCAAGUGAGAAAAAUACACAGAGGUAAAUGGAAAAGGGAGGGAUCUAGGGAUGAUGAUGAAGAUGAUGUUGAAGAUCAAGGCUCCAGUGGAGAGAGUGAACAAGAAGUGAAGCAAGUGAGGUCCAGAAGACUUAGUUCAAGAAGAGCAGCGACCAAAUCCAUCCCAAAAAGGAGCAGCAAACCGCAACGGCCGAAGAGGCGGAGGAAAACCGAAUCAUCAGAGGAAGAGGAGGAGGAGGAGGAGGAUGAGACUCCCAAAAGGCAAACUAAGCGCCGAGCAGCCAAAAAUGUCAGUUACAAGGAAGACGAUGACUUUGAGACCGAUUCAGACGACUUGAUUGAGAUGACAGGUGAAGGGGCAGAGGAGCAGCAAAAUAACAGCGAAACCAUUGAGAAAGUGCUGGAGAAGAGAAUAGGCAAGAAAGGAGCCACUGGGGCCUCCACCACUGUCUACUCAAUGGAAGCCAACGGUGAUCCCAGUGCCGAUUUUGACCCAGAAAAGGAGGAAGGGGAAGUGCAGUACUUGGUUAAAUGGAAAGGUUGGUCAUACAUCCACAGCACAUGGGAAAGCGAGGACUCCUUGCAGCAGCAGAAAGUGAAAGGCAUCAAGAAGCUGGAGAACUUCAAGAAGAAAGAAGAAGACAUCAACAGUUGGUUGGAAAAGGUCACCCCAGAAGACGUAGAGUAUUUCAACUGCCAACAGGAACUGGCAGCUGAGUUGAACAAACAGUACCAGAUUGUGGAAAGAGUGAUUGCGGUGAAAACAAACAAAUCGCCAAAUCCUGGAACUGAAUUUCCAGUUCACAACCGCAAGUCCUCCUCCAAUGAGCCAGAGUACCUUUGCAAGUGGAUGGGACUUCCCUACGCAGAAUGUAGCUGGGAAGAUGAAGCUCUGAUCAGCAAAAAAUUCCAGUACUGUAUUGAUAGCUUCAACAAUAGGAACAACUCCAAAGCCAUGCCUACUCGGGACUGCAAGGUGCUGAAGCAAAGGCCUCGUUUUGUGGCCUUGAAGAACCAACCUUCCUACAUUGGUGGGGAGAAUCUGGAACUCCGUGACUAUCAGCUGGAGGGCUUGAAUUGGUUGGCUCAUUCCUGGUGCAAGAACAACAGUGUCAUCCUGGCGGACGAGAUGGGCUUGGGGAAGACCAUCCAGACCAUUUCUUUCCUCUGCUACCUCUUCUACCAGCACCAGCUCUAUGGCCCCUUUAUGAUUGUGGUGCCUUUGUCAACCCUAACCUCAUGGCAGAGGGAGUUUGAGAUCUGGGCCCCUGAGGUCAACGUGGUUGUGUACAUUGGAGAUCAGCUGAGCAGGAAUGCUAUCCGUGAGUAUGAGUGGAUCCAUUCUCAGACCAAACGGUUGAAGUUCAAUGUGCUGAUUACAACCUAUGAGAUCCUCCUGAAAGACAAGGCCGUUUUGGGAAGCAUCAACUGGGCCUUCCUAGGAGUGGAUGAAGCCCACCGCUUGAAGAAUGACGAUUCUUUGCUCUACAAGACACUGAUUGACUUCAAGUCCAACCACCGCCUGCUCAUCACUGGGACACCGCUUCAGAAUUCCCUGAAGGAACUGUGGUCCCUGCUGCAAUUCAUCAUGCCAGAGAAGUUCGAAUCCUGGGAAGACUUUGAAGAGGACCACGGCAAAGGACGAGAGAACGGGUACCAGUGCCUGCAUAAGGUCCUGGAGCCCUUUCUCCUGCGCAGGGUGAAGAAGGACGUGGAAAAAUCCCUCCCAGCCAAAGUAGAGCAGAUCCUGCGGGUGGAGAUGUCUGCCCUCCAGAAGCAGUAUUACAAGUAA